UACGACAUCAACAUAACGUUUUUUUACACGAGUGCAUAGUUUUUCCUCCCCGAUCUUCUUCUUCGUGCUCUCUUCUAACACAUUAUUGUUGUCGGCUUCUUUGUUGCGGUGGUAGUAGUGACCGUUACCCGGCUAUCGGAUUCUCAAUCCCCGCCACCCACCCAUACCCCCCUCCGCUCUUUAUUCUUACCGCUACCGAUCGUCUCGUGCUUAGCUCGCUGUGCGUCUUUAUGAUCCGCCACUAUCAAGCGGAUGCUAAUCUUGUUCGCGGACGACAUACGCAUACAGGUGCACCACUACUAGGUCACGGAUCGCGGUGACGCCUCGAUGGACGCUAAAAUUCACGCAGAAUUCCUCACCGGAUUAUCACCACCGACGGCAAGCGUUUAGUGUUGCGUUUAGUGAAAAUUCAAAACACUGUUCGUCGGAGAAGUUUCUGUGAUCGUGGCUCGCUGACUGUGAGCUUGUGCGUAAGUGUGCCCAAAAAUUGACAGCUAAACGAAACGAACGUGCACGGUGUGAAUGGUGUCACUGGAAAAUGUCGAUCCUAAUCUCGUAGCGCGGGUGAGGCAGCAGCAACAGCAAAAAGUUAACGAGCGAGAAAGGAAGAUUACUUUGCAAAAUGUAAAGCACCUUCAUUCUUUGCCCAUCGCCGUCGGCUAACUGACGUAAAGGAUCAUUAAACAUCCGCAGUGUAUCGCGCCGAGUGUGUACGUCCGCGUGUGUUUCGAGAGCUGGUGGUUCGGUGCAUUUCAGUGCGAAAAAAGCUCAAAGUUUGUGCCGCAAGAAAUUCCGCACGAUUAGUGCGUGUGUUUUGUGCCCGCGUUUUGUCGUCUUGUCUGUGUAGUUGAAGUGCCGCGCUUGUGUGUGUUUGUGUGUUUAUGUGUGUGACAAAGCUUUUUCCUCUGCGGCGACCGAUAACGGAACGAGAAGCGCAAUCAUCAUGAUGAUGAAGUCAUUUGUUCGGGGUUCGCCGCUACCGCCAUCGUUAAAGUUCGCGAGGUCUGGGUAAGCCAGCGGAAGAAAAACGCGAAAAUCCGUCACCGAAAAUCUGGAUUUAGCAUUGGAAAUUGUAUAGGCCCCCAAGGGGCCAAAGUGAGGUUGUGUGUCUGUGUGUCCGUGACAGUGUGUACGUGCGUGUGUGGCCCCUACGGGUACGGUGCUCGUUUGGAUUAACUUGUGACCUUUCUUACCGGUGCUCGAAUGAACCGAACGCCAUCAGCAUCAUCAUCGUCGUCGACCGGGAGACAGCUGCUCGCGCGAAAAAGAUAACGUGACGCGGGCCCACACACCCGUACACAACGCAGCCUCCGGGAGAAACGUGGCCAGCUUACGCAGCCGGGGUACGCCGAAGAAAAGCAGACGGCUCGUCGACGUCGAGAUGUCAAUAACCUGAAGAAGAGCGCCACCCUGCGGAAAGUGUUCUUCAGCACGAUCUUCUGUAUCCACACUGCCACCCAUGUGUUCCGUGUGCUCCGUGCACGAUCGCGACCCGUACCUGCACCUGCACUUUGCUUCGGAGCGACGACCCGAACCGGACAGUUUAUGUCGAUCGACAGUCGAUUGAUACGCACGACUAAAUUGCCACCGCAAGGCGGUCUGGCAAGACCGAUACCCGUACCCGCCGUUUGUUGGUAGCGUGUUAAUCGACUUUGCGCACUCCGCUCCAAGCCAAAGCCGAAAAUCUGUUAACGGCGGAAACUGGCCCCGGCUCCAAGCAGGCAAAGCAACGAAAAGAAAAAUCACUCACAUCCUCGAGCCGAACCGCGCCAGAACGGCGAAUCGGAAACGCAUUAACGGAGGACGCCUGGACGAAUGUGAGGACCAUUAUCGAUUCCCCCCCAAAACUGAACCUGCCAAUUAAAACGCGAGCGUGAGCGCGCUCUUGAGCGGAGGUUAAAAGGCUCCCGAGAUCGCACCAGCUAUUUGUUUGUUUUCACUGUCUCUGGAGCGUUCCGUCGAAACGCACCUCAUCUUCUUUCCCGCACAAAGCCGAGCAGUCCUGUCAGAAGGAGCUGAAAAGCCUCGGAGCGCAUGCAUAUGUUGGAUUUGAUCACCGACAUCGCGAUGGCGUCGUCGUCGAGCCAAAUGGAAAUUAGCGAACCGUUCCGUACGGAGGACCUGUCAAAGACGGAUUUUUUCGACUUUGUCACAGGCUCCGCACCGGACAUGGCCAUCAGCAGCAGUAGUGGUGGACCGGGCGGCGGUGGAGGAGGAGGAGGGGGCGGUGGUGGCGGUGGAGGUGGAGGUGGAAGUGGUGCCACCAAUACCUCCAAUGUGAACAGCAACAAUCCCUGCAACCGUUCCCUGUCGGGUGUGUUACCGAGCAUGGGACCUAACGGAGUGACAGAUCGACCGCCGGACGGUAGGAACGGGAGCGAAGGUUCACCGAUGGACGGAACGCAAACUAACAGAGUGACCGGAAGUGGUGGCGGUCCCGUGCCCGAUGCUAACGAUCAACCGCUUCAGGGAUUUGAUCAGUUCUGGGGCCCCGACAAAGAUGCCAAUCGGUUAGAUCCGGCCAUGUUCGAGGAUCUUAAUCGCUACUGUUGGAUACAGCAGAACAACAACACUACAACGACGAGCAAUAGCAACACAAAUAGCAACGCCGCCAACAACCCCAGCAGCAACAACAACAACGGACCACUCAACAGUCAGGUGGCCGAUACAGAUGGACAGAUCUACACACUAACAGUAUUAAACGGAGCACCGGAGCCGUGGGUAUUAAGAAAGGACCCGUCCAGCUCGGAACCAGCCGCUCCCGCUUCUAACCUCGAUCUCGACACAAUACUCGGAGGAUUUCCGGGCUAUGUCAAGACGGAAUGUUUCUCCUACGACGACAGUGGCUUCGGUACGGAUCACCACGCGAAAGACGAUCCUCACCAUCAGCAGCAACAGCAGCAAGCACAAGUACAAUCGCAACAGCAACAGAUGCCGGUCACGUCGAGUAACAUCGUCCUAUCGAGUCAGCUGCUGGACCCCAACAGUGUGCUGGCCUACCAGAACAACAACAACAACGACUGGCAGAUGUCGGACCAUAACGUAAUACAGCAGGACACGCCCGAGUCUUUGCUUCGCAGCGCUCUGCAGGGUAAAGGCUACACCAAAGGCACUGGACUGCCGUUGCAGAAUGGAGCCAUCACCGUGCUACCUGCCACCGGACACAUGAAGGACGAUGAGUUGCGACGAGUCCUCUACUCGGCCGGAGAUCCCACGGAUUCGUUGGCGGCGUACGCCGAUUCCACGCUGGCCAGCACCAUGUACGACGAGUCGGUGUUACACUCACCAGCCUCCACUAACCAGUCGGCCACCUCCCAGCAGCAACAUCAGCAUCAGCAGCAACAUCAGAUGGUCGCAUCCACCGGACAGGUGACGGAUCUUGGUGCAGGUGGCGGUGGAGGUGGCACGGGUCCCGCGAGUGUGGUGGUGGACGAUAUGUUCCUUACGCUUGAUGCUGCCUUCCCGGAGGACUACGAGAAGCUGAAGCGGAUAGCGACGGAGGUCCAGCAGUUUUGCACGGACAACAACAACUACGCGGAGAUCAUCGUGGAAGCACCGUCGAUGGGUAACGGAUGCAAUGCCAGCGCGACUACCAACACGCUGCUGACGGGAGGGAACCAUCAACAUCAUCCAGGACACGGCAACAUGGGCGUAAUGUCGCCAACGGGAGGACUUCCCCGGCAACCGCCCGUUUCAACGACAACCUCCUCGGACGUGGUGACAACGACCUCCACCACCAAGGCUAAGGCUCCCCGGACGAAGAAGAACUACAAGCGAUCUCUCAGCAACAAUGCCGGAAGUGCACAGGCCAACGCCAACAACAGCCCCACGCUGACAUGCCUGACCACGAACAACAACAACACGAGCAUGAGCAACCUCAACACGAUCACCGGCGGAGCUGGAGCUGCGGCGCUGCUGAGUCCUGGCAGUGUGACGGCCGGCUCCAACGGCACAACUCAGCUGACCACCUCCACCACCACCACCACAACCACUGCCACCACCAGCCCCACCCAGUGCGGCAAUGGACAGCGCAAGGAACGAUCGCUCCACUACUGUUCCAUCUGUUCCAAGGGCUUCAAGGACAAGUACUCCGUGAACGUGCACAUACGCACCCACACCGGGGAGAAACCGUUCGCGUGUUCGCUCUGUGGCAAAAGCUUCCGCCAGAAGGCCCAUCUGGCCAAACACUACCAGACCCAUCUGGCGCAGAAGAACCCGCCCGGCGGUGGUGGCGGAGGUGGCGGAGUCACGAAGCAAAGUAAACAGAGUCGGCUCCAGGCUGCACCAGCUCAGCUUGCAACGACGGACCCGAGCUUAGGAGGACAGUUGCCAUUGGUGCCUGGUGCCGGGUCCGGUCCCACUGGAGCAGCAGCAGCAGCAGCAGCAGUCACGACCGUUCCCGGAUCGCUCGCACAGAUGGUGGUAGUCCCGCAGGCCCAGUCGCCACCGAUGCUGCUCACCAACACACCCAACACUGCCACGAUCGUCGCCAGCCGGUGAACCGCCACAGCAGCAAUCCGCUUGACAAAUUUGACCUUUGUUCCUAUUUUAAUGUAUUUACCGGGCCGCGUACGCAGCUCUCAGCAUGAAGUUUUGGGGACGAAUCGUUGAGAAUGUGAUAGCCGGAAUCGGAUCGACAUCACCAAACGGGGAGGCCAUGUUUUUUUUUUCGGGGAAGCCUGCUCAAACUCAAAAUUACCUGUGAUGAUA